CGAAGUUGCUGUUAUUUUGUACUGUCAGUGCUUCUCUCCUGCUAUUUGUUGAAAGCCUCUGAGAUAUCUGACGACUAUCAUAACGAAUAGAGAGAGAAGGAAACGUGAAGUAAGCAAACAACUUACUGAAGUAUCUACUAUUUUGGACAAAUUUGUGCACAAUCCAGCGUUGGCAUCGAAAAAAGGGAAUACAGCCGAGAUAGCCCGGACGAAUUAAGUGAAGGUGAAAGAUUAUCUGAAGAGCUAGAAGGUGCCUGACCGCGUAGUGCUCCAGUGUGAGAUGAAUGUGCUUGCCUGAUAACUGCUAUCACAGCCUGUCAGUGCGUACUUUGCUGUCAGACCAAGAAAGAAGAAAUAUCUGCUGAAGAAACUGAACAACUCCCGCUCAAGUGAACAACCUGACAGCCGUAGUGCAAACUGUGUAUGGACCGUUCAAACGCAUGCUCCGAGAGAGUCGUUUGAAGAUAAACAAAACUGCGAACGAAAGGUGAAACAAUCCGCUUAAACUGACUCAGUUAUAAGUGCCGCAUAUUAGAUUUAUGCGCUUGCAAGCGAAAGUACGCAAUUAAAAAACGUUUAGCUAGGAUAUCUGUUUAAGUUAUUUAUUUUGCAAAACAAAAAAGUGUAAAAACCCCAACCAAGAUGGCCCAAGAAAUGAUGUUCUACCCGAAGGAGACGACCCCACAAACCGUUCCAGCCGGUGAUUACACGUCAGACUGUUUUGCCUCAUACGCAGAGUUGUUUGAUCUAUCGCUGUUGACACAGAGUGAUGGUGAAGUUCCAUUGAGUCCGCAGUCCCAGCAGCAGCGUCAACAGCUUCUUCUUCUUCAGCAACAACAGCAGCAGCAGCAGCAGGACACAGUUGUUCAAACCAACGCCAAUCAGUCGCUUGAGUACAUACCGGCAACAAUUUUCCACGAUGUCCCGGCAUCGGUACAGGAAACGCUGCAGCAAAUGAAACAGGAAAAGCACACAUCCUGGACCGAGAGCCUGGAGGAAUCGUCACUGAAAUCUGCCCUGCUGGAACAGUUGCAGGCUGGUCCUCAAUAUCAGUACUACACGAGCACUUUGCUGAGUCCACCACAAGAGCAGUACGCGGUUUUCCCGCCAUCUCCAACGCCUUCCAUCCAGGAGUUCCAGAGUCUCAGCAUUCCGCAAACUGUGUCUUCUGGUAAUUUUGUUGCCAUUAAGCAGGAGUUCUGCUCACUUCCUCCUUCGCCACCGGACUCCAACGGAGCACCUUCUCCGGUGCACUGCAGCGAAAUCAAAACCGAAUUUGACGCCGAGCCGUCCAUCGAUAUUGACUCACUGCUCGGUUCACCGAGACAGCCGGACGAGGAACUGCUGCCGACCAAGCAGGAGUUCCAGAUAUUGCGCGAACAUCUCCAGGAUACCAGCUUCCAGCGUAAGCACAAUCUGAAACCGGUUGAGCUGGAGUCGUUGAUCGGUGGUCUCACGACACGUGCCGACAUCGGCUCGGUCUUUGAACUUGCCCUGCAGGAGGUGCAGGAUGGCAUUCAGGCGACUUGCAACGUUCUCGGGAUUUCUCCGGAUCCCCGUCAGUGGUCAACCGGCCAGGUCAAGCAGUGGCUGGAGCUAGCGAUGACCAAGUACAACCUGGCCCCGCCGGUUAAUAUAGGAGCAAUCUUCCCGGAGAGCGGUGAACAGCUGGCGCGGCUUUCCAUGGACGAAUUCGUACGGCGCAUACCGCAGGGAGGUGACAAACUGCACGGACAUCUCGAGCUGUGGAAGCAAAUAUAUCGUUCGACGAUCGUUCCUGGCGUGCCGCUGAGUGGUAUACCAGCACCGGAGGUUGCCAGUCCGUCCGCUCAGGACUCCAACUCAUUUGAAACGGAAUCGCUCAACGGGGACAAUAGCGAUGAUGAAGACGAAGAAAUGCCGCUUGAAGGCACCCCGCCCGCCGGUGGUUCUAUGUCAUCCACGGUCGCCCCGUCGAGCGCAGCCGGACCGUCUAGCAGUGGUACUGGUUCGACCAAACCACGCCAGGGUGGCUCGCACAUCCAUCUCUGGCAGUUCCUGAAGGAACUGCUCGCCGCACCCGAUCAGCAUCAGAGCGCGAUACGUUGGAUCGAUCGCAGCAAGGGCGUGUUCAAGAUCGAAGACUCAGUUCGGGUGGCCCGUCUGUGGGGCCGCCGCAAAAACCGGCCCGCCAUGAACUACGACAAGCUUUCGCGCUCGAUCCGACAGUACUACAAAAAGGGAAUCAUGCAGAAAACCGAACGAUCCCAGCGGUUGGUCUAUCAGUUCUGCCAUCCGUACUCGUUGUAAACACAUGCCGGCAGUGGCAGAGGCGGCGGCUCAGUCCCACGGGAUGCUCCGAUUGCUUGCGAGGGUGUUCGAAUCGCGUGAAAAGUGUGCAAGUGAAAAGCGCAGGUACCGCGCAGAAUGAUCGUGUUUGUUUGUUUGUUUACGUUAAGCUAUUUUAAGUUAUUUACCAUCGUCUGAUUGCGACUGAGUGAAAGGUGGUGUUUGCGAAGAAAAUCUCUGUUCUGUAGAAAGUUUUGCGGACACACGCUUCGGUCGGAAGCCGAACAUAAACAUUCGUCUUCAAACGAAAUCGAAAUCGUUCGCAAAAUUUUCCCAGAACAGUCACGAUUUCCGUGCUUGUUUGCGGUAAUAAUGUAACUCAUAAGUGCCCAGAAAUCACUCUUUUGUAUUAUCGCACCAAACUCCGCCCGGCGGCAAGUGGUAUUAACUUGUCCCGCGGAUGAUAAUAUUCUUAAAAUGAUGUGAUUAACAACUCACACACAGACGCAAGUUGACAGCAGCUUGCGAGGCCUCGUUGUCAGGUUCGUUAGUAUGACGGAAACUGUCAACAGGUUGGAAUCUCUAUCGCCAGGAAUCUCGAACGUUAUGUUCACAGACGGCUCAACGGCUAACCCCGAGUCACACCGAGAGUUCAGUCAGCGGCGUGUGCUGCCUUAGCUAGUCUAUCACUGCUGAAAUGCCGUCGCGAUAUUCUGAAGAAGGUAAUUUCUUCCGGGUAACGAGGACACUUUCUCGCGGGGCAAAACUAAGAAGCACAUUGUUCGCUCGGUUUGAAGUGUGACUGCGGUUUUUCAGCUCGUUCAGCGAACGGCAUCGAAUGUAACCUAGAGAUCUGAACUUUUGAAGUUUUAUUUUUUGCUGUAUUUCUUACCGUGUGAUCUAACUGUAACGGUUCUCCAGAACCUCAUGUGCGGGUGGUAAGCGAGAAACCGCAGAUUAGACACCGGUAAUUUUGGUCCCAUAUAUCUAUGAUAUAUUUUUAUUGUAAGUUCUAUGAACGAUACAAUUAAGAUGAUAUUUUUUCCGGAUAGAAUACGUCGAUUUCUGUAGUUGUAUUUAAACUAGACUAUAAGACAAAAGCUAGAAAUGUGUUAAGAUUGUACAUACGACAUUAUUAGGCUAUCGUUGCAAUAUAUAUUUUACUUUACCGGUCGAUCGCACUGCUGCAGAAUGUCGAUCGACCGAAACUUUUUACUUUUUCCGUAUUUAUUUUUGUUUUCUGUAAGUAAGUGCGAGGAAAAAAGUCUUCGAUGAGAAACAAGAGCUCACUUUCUCAUCGAAGACUUUUCAUACACACACACCAGAAUCCCACAAACACUCAUUAAAUGUCUAGAAGCUAAGCAUAAAAGUUUGUACUAUUGUUUUAUGAAUUAUUCUUUACCUAAUGUAUUACGUGGACAAUAAUUUAGUUUGUUUUUAAAACCGGUGGCAGGGUACAUUUCUAGGUGAUACAAAUUCGAUCGCAGGAUUUUCAGAACCCGUAGCUAUAAGCAUCCCCCCAAAAAACCAUUAACCAAUUGUGAUCUAAGUGCCUUAAAAUAUAUUCGAUAAUACUUUCCAGCUUUGUUUUAACCUACUUUAUAUCGAUAACGUGCGUGCAGCUCGUUACAUUUUUAUCUUGCAUGUUAUAUUUCAACAGAUGUCAAAUUAAAUACUUAUCUAGAAUAUAGUAUUCACAUUGCUAAGACAUGUAUGUAUAAAUAUUUAAAUUAUGCUUAAAUAAAGGG